AUGAGAGUAAAUGUGGCCAAGCCGAUCCACGCUGGUCAGUUUGUGGCUUGGAUCUCAUCUUCUCGAAUGAGGAGAAAGGGGAUCAGGAUAUACCACCUGGUAUUUGUCGUCCAAGGGUUGGUAUCGGUCCGUAGUGACAAAGCAAAAUGUCAGACAAUGGACAAAGUGGGCUUCUUCAGUUCCUGUAACCUCACGGAAAUCCCUCUCGUCCCGACGAAUGCUGAAGUACUCCAGUUAAGCUUUAACUACAUUCUGGAAUUAAAUUCAACAUCUUUCCCUGCCCUGGAGAACUUGCUUUUGUUGUACCUCGACUCCCAGAAGACAGAAAAACUAACAAUACGGAACCACAGCUUUCGAAACGUACCCAGACUUGUUGUGUUGGAUGUGUCGUUUAACAGAAUGCUCGUACUGGAUCCGGAAGCCUUCGCCGGCUUGUCACAAUUACAAACGCUUUCCAUGUACUACAACAAUUUAAACGGUUCGAUUCUGGAAAACGACUACUUUAAGGAUUUGAUAUCUCUGGAAUUACUUGACCUUUCUAGCAACGACAUAACGUAUCUGAAACCCCAUCCGCUGUUUUACUAUCUCUACAAUUUUCAUCUCCUGGACUUAAAACACAACAAGAUUUCGAGUAUCUGUGAAGGCAACCUUCACAGCUUUGAGAGGAAAUACUUUGUGGUUAUGGAUAUCACAAACAAUCACCUCUACAAGUCAGACUCAACGGACUGGGAGAGCUGUGGAAAACCCUUCCGAAACGUUGCGUUCGACACCCUCAUCCUCUCCAACAAUGGACUCACUGUAGAACUGGCGCAACAUAUCUGCAAUUCUCUGAACGGGACCAAAAUCAUGCAUUUAAAAUUAAGUUCUCACAUAAUGGGCUCUGAUUUCGGCUUUCACAACUUUAAAAACCCGGAUAACGCUACAUUUGUCGGCUUGGCAAACAGCGACCUCCAGAUCCUUGAUUUAUCCAACGGCCGCAUAUUCUCGUUGAACCCGUACGUAUUUGCAAACCUCACUAAGCUCCUGUUGCUUAACCUCGCCGAAAAUAAAAUAAACCUCAUCGCGCAAUAUGCUUUCCACGGCCUUAAUAACCUUCAGCACCUUAACCUGUCAAAUAACCUAAUUGGCGAAAUUUACGACCGCUCGUUCGAUGGACUCGAGAACGUGUUGAGACUCGAGCUGCAGCAAAAUCACAUCGGGCCGAUACAGCGCCACGCUUUUCAAAACCUCAAGCAUUUGCAGUUCUUGGACCUCCGGGAAAAUGCCAUUAAAACCAUGACGUUUUGCGAACGGAUGCCCUUCGUCACGUACAUCUUGCUCGGAGGCAAUAAGCUGAAACGCGUGGACAGCACCGGUCUUCAAACGUCCUUCCUUGAUUUGUCCGGUAACUUUUUGCUAGACCUCGGUGACCUGUAUAAAAUAUUACAAUCCAUCCAGGUCGAUACCGUCACCCUAAAGCUGAACAGAUUGUCCGUCUGCUACCCUUUUUUCAAUAUUACCCAAAAUAAUUCGCUGACCUUCCUGGAUCUUUCUGAAAACAUGAUCCAUUUGAUAUGGGAUGGAGGACAAUGUCUAAAUGUGUUCCAUCAGCUUUCUAAGCUACAAGUUCUAAAGCUUAAUAACAAUCAUCUGAGUUUCCUUCCGGAGGGAAUAUUUCAUGGGUUGUCGUCUCUAGAAAAGCUUAACCUGUCUUCCAACUUUCUGGUUCAUCUGUCGCCCGACUUGCUCCCUUCAAAUUUGGAAAUCCUAGACGUGUCUCACAACCGGCUGCUUUCGCCUAAUCCUGACACGUUCCUCUCGCUCAGAUACCUGAACAUAACACACAAUAAUUUCAUCUGUGACUGCAGACUUGUGAGCUUCAUAUUGUGGUUAAACCAAACAAACACCACCGAACUGGAAUCUCCGGAUGACAUUUACUGCUUGUCUCCUCGACACCUCCUUUAUAGUCCUCUUCAUGUUCUAAUAGUAGAUGAUUGCGACGAGGACCUUGUGCUGAUGCCGCUCAGGUUCACGUUGUUCGUCCUGACGACUUUAAUCGUCGUGACGUUUAUGACAUCAGUGGUCAUCUACAGGCACCUCCGAUGGUUUUGUUUUGGCCUGUACAAGAUGUCUGUAAACGGGAUACUGGACGCGCCAGGGCCUGAAGGCACGGGUGAUAUGUGCCAAUAUGACGCUUAUUUGUGUUACAACAAGAAAGACUUCCAGUGGGUCCAAAGUGCUUUCCUUGAGAACCUCGAUUCUCAGUAUUGCGAAAAGAAUCGCCUCCACUUCUGCUUUGAGGAACGGGACUUCAUUCCAGGCGAAGAUCACAUCACCAACAUCCGUCAAGCCAUUUGGACCAGCAGGAAGACUAUUUGCAUAGUGACGAAGAACUUUCUAAAGGACGGCUGGUGCUUAGAAGCGUUUAACCACGCUCAAAGCCGAUACUUCACAGAUCUGAAAGACGUGCUGAUCAUGGUGGUGGUGGGCAGGCUGUCCCCGUUCCAGCUGAAGAGAUACGAGCCCAUCAGAGCGUUCGUACAAAGGUCUCCGUAUCUAAAAUGGCCGGAAGACAGCCAAGAUGUAGACUGGUUUCUCGGCAGGCUUACUUAUAAAGUUUUAAGAGAAGAAAAAGUGGCAAAAAAGGACACCAAAGCAGCAAAGGAAACGCCAACGCUGGAAUUACAGAAUAUAGCCACCAUCUCAUAGGCC